UCCCCGGGAUGGGCCCCCCGAGCAGGUGCCGGGCCCCGGUGUGGGCCCUGCUGGCCUUGCUCCUGGUGCAGAAGGCAGAGAGCCAGGGCGGCGGGGAGCUGAGCUGGGCGAGCGCAGUGGCUGCCAAGAGCGGUCAGAGGUUACACACAGCCCAGCAGCGCACAGUCCUCCUCCCGCCCUUCACCCUCAACGGCUUUCCCACCGUGAGCCCCCUGAACCCGGCGCACAACGGGCGGGUGUGCAGCACGUGGGGCGACUUCCACUACAAGACCUUCGACGGCGACAUCUUCCGCUUCCCCGGCCGCUGCAACUACGUCUUCUCCGCGCACUGCGGGGCCGCCUACGAGGACUUCAACGUCCAGCUCCGCCGCGGCCUGGACGGCUCCAGGCCCACCAUCACCCAUGUGACCCUCCGGGCCCAGGGGCUGGUGCUGGAAGUCUCCAACGGCUCCAUCCUCAUCAACGGGCGGCGGGAGGAGCUGCCCUAUAGCCAGGCUGGCCUCCUGGUAGAGCGGAUCAGCGGCUACACCAAGGUCAACAUCAGGCUGGUGCUGACCUUCAUGUGGAACGGAGAGGACAGCGCUCUGCUGGAGUUGGACCCCAAGUAUGCCAACCAGACGUGCGGCCUCUGUGGGGACUUCAACGGGCUCCGGGCCGUCAACGAGUUCCACAGCCACAACGCCAGGCUGACCCCGCUGCAGUUCGGGAACCUGCAGAAGCUGGAUGGGCCCACGGAGCAGUGCCAGGACCCCCCGCCCUCCCCAGCCGACAACUGCACGUUGGAGGAGGGCGUCUGCCGCCGCACCCUGCUGGGCCCAGGCUUUGCGCAGUGCAACCGGCUGGUGGACCCUGAGGCGUACGUGGCCGCCUGCGCCCAGGACCUGUGCCGCUGCCCCAGCUGUCCGUGUGCCACCUUCGCCGAGUACUCCCGCCAGUGUGCCCACGCAGGGGGCCAGCCGCAGAGCUGGAGGGGCCCCGACCUCUGCCCCCGGAUGUGCCCCCUCAACAUGCGGCACCAGGAGUGCGGCUCGCCCUGCGUGGACACCUGCUCCAACCCCGAGCGCUCCCAGCUGUGCGAGGACCACUGUGUCGACGGCUGCUUCUGCCCUCCAGGCAGGUGCACGGUGCUGGACGACCUCACGGACACAGGCUGCCUGCGCCUCGACCGCUGCCCCUGCACCCACGGUGGCCGCACCUACGCCCCGGGGGCUUCCUUCACCACCAGCUGCAGCUCCUGCACCUGCGCCGGGGGCCUGUGGCAGUGCGAGGACCUCCCGUGCCCCGGCACCUGCUCCGUGGAGGGCGGCGCCCACAUCUCCACCUACGAUGAGAAACUGUACGACGUGCACGGCGACUGCAGCUACGUCUUGUCUAAGAAGUGCACAGACAACAGCCUCACAGUGCUGGCCGAGCUGCGGAGAUGCGGCCUGACAGACGACGAGAACUGCCUCAAAACUGUGACCCUGAGCAUGCACGGCGGGGACACGACCAUCCGGAUCCAGGCCAACGGCGCGGUGUUCAUGAACUCCAUCUACACCCAGCUGCCCCUGUCAGCAGCCAACAUCACCAUAUUCAGGCCCUCGACCUUCUUCAUCCUGGUGCACACGGGCCUCGGGCUGCAGCUGGAGGUGCAGCUGGUGCCCCUCAUGCAGGUGUUCCUCAGGCUGGACCCCGCCCACCGAGGCCAGAUGUGUGGUCUCUGCGGGAACUUCAACCAGAACCAGGCCGACGACUUCCGGACCCUCAGCGGCGUGGUGGAGGGCACGGCCGCCGCCUUCGCCAACACCUGGAAGACCCAGGCUUCCUGCCCCAACGUCAGGAACAGCUUCCAGGACCCCUGCUCCCUCAGCGUGGAGAACGAGAACUACGCCCAGCACUGGUGCUCCCUGCUGACCGCCCCGGCCGGCCCCUUCUCACCUUGCCACCACGUCAUCGGCCCUGCGCCCUUCCACUCGAACUGCCUGUUUGACACGUGCAACUGUGAGAAGAGCGAGGACUGCCUGUGCGCGGCCCUGUCCUCCUACGUCCGCGCCUGCGCCGCCCGGGGCGUGCUGCUCAGUGGCUGGAGGGCCGGCGUCUGCACCAAGUACAUGAGCUCCUGCCCCAAGUCCCAGAGCUACGCCUAUGUGGUGGACGGCUGCCAACCUACCUGCCGAGCCCUGAGCCAGGCUGACGUCACCUGCGGUGUCACCUUUGUGCCUGUGGAUGGCUGCACCUGUCCCCACGGCACCUUCCUGGACGAUGCUGGCAACUGCGUGUCUGCCGAGGCUUGUCCCUGCUACUUCCGCGGCUCCGUGGUGGCCCCCGGGGAGGUGGUGCACGACCACGGCGUGGUGUGCUCGUGCGCCAACGGGAAGCUGAGCUGCCUGGGCACCGCGGAGCAGGCCAGAGCAGGCUGCGCGGCCCCCAUGGUGUACCUGGACUGCAGCAACGCCUCGGCCGGCACACCCGGCGCCGAGUGCCUCCGGAGCUGCCACCUGCUGGACGUGGACUGCUUCAGCACUCACUGCGUGUCUGGCUGCGUCUGCCCCCCGGGGCUGGUGUCUGACGGGAGUGGGGGCUGCGUGGCGGAGGAGGACUGUCCCUGUCUGCACAACGAGGCUGCCUACAAGCCUGGGGACACCAUCCGCGUGGACUGUAACACUUGCACCUGCCGGAACCGCAGGUGGGACUGCACCCGCCGGCCCUGCCUGGGCACCUGCGUGUCCUACGGGGACGGCCACUUCAUCACCUUCGACGGCGAGCGGUACAGCUUCGAGGGCAGCUGCGAGUACACGCUGGCCCAGGACCACUGUGGCAGCGCCAGUGCCACCAGCGGCUCCUUCCGCAUCGUCACCGAGAACAUUCCCUGUGGGACCACAGGUGUCACCUGCUCCAAGGCCAUCAAGCUCUUCCUGGAGGUGAAGGGGGCCAGGAAUCUCCUUCCUCCCUUGGCAGCCGACGGGAUCCCCGUGUCGGGGUCUCUAGCCCCCCGGCCCCUGCCAGCUCCUCAGGGCCUCGCCCCUCAACUCCCUCAUGCCCCUCCUCAGAACUACGAGGUCAUCCUCCACGAGGGCACCUACAAGGUGGUGCAGAGGGGGCUGGGCGGAGACCUGCCCUACAGAGUCCGGUACAUGGGCACCCACCUGACCAUCGAGACCCGCAGCGGCCUGGCGGUGUCCUGGGACCGGAAGACCAGCGUGUUCAUCCGGCUGCACCAGGAUUACAAGGGGAAGGUCUGCGGGCUGUGCGGGAACUUCGAUGACAACGCCGCCAACGACUUCACCACGCGCAGCCAGUCCGUGGUGGGCGACGCCCUGGAGUUUGGCAACAGCUGGAAAUUCUCCCCGUCCUGCCCGGACGCCCCGGCCCCCAGGGACCCCUGCACCGCCAACCCCUACCGCAAGUCCUGGGCGCAGAAGCAGUGCAGCCUCCUCAACAGCGCCACCUUCGCGGCCUGCCAUUCCCAGGUCGACCCCACCAAGUACUACGAGGCCUGCGUGAGCGACGCGUGUGCCUGCGACGCGGGCGGGGACUGCGAGUGCUUCUGCACGGCCGUGGCCGCCUACGCCCAGGCCUGCCGCGAGGUGGGCGUGUGCGUGGCCUGGCGCACCCCGGACGUCUGCCCGCUCUUCUGCGACUACUACAACCCGCACGGGGAGUGCACGUGGCACUACCAGCCCUGCGGGGUGCCCUGCCUGCGGACCUGCCGGAACCCCAGUGGACGCUGCCUGCUGGACCUGCCGGGCCAGGAAGGCUGCUACCCUAAGUGUCCGCCCAAGAAGCCAUUCUUCGACGAGGACCAGAUGAAGUGUGUGGCCCUGUGCGGCUGCUACGACGACGAUGGGAACUACCACGACAUCGGUGCCAGUGUCCCCACGGCGGAGAACUGCCAGAGCUGUGCCUGCGCCCCAGAGGGCAUCCGGUGCACGUACAGCCCUGCAGCCUGCAAGUGCACCUACGAGGGUAAGACCUACAGCUACGGGGACGUCAUCUACAACACCACCGAUGGGCUCGGCGCCUGCUUGAUAGCCGUCUGCGGAAACAAUGGAACGAUCACGCGGAAGACUGUGGAAUGUCCCGGAACCCCCUCCACCACGCCCUUCACCUUCACCUCCACCGUGGCUCCGCCCUCCACGACAGUCCCAGUCUCCACCCUCUCCACUGUGUGCGUGCGUGAGCUGUGCAGCUGGUCGGCCUGGUACGACAGUGGCCGUCCGGAGCCCGGCAUGGGAGGUGGAGACUUCGAGACGUUUGCACACCUGAGGCAGACGGGCCACCAGGUCUGCCCGGUUCCGACCCGCAUCGAGUGCAGGGCGCGCCUGCUUCCCGACACGCCCCUGGAGCAGCUGGGCCAGAAGGUGGAGUGUGACCCGGCGCGGGGACUCACGUGCCUCAACAGCGAGCAGGACCCCCCGCUCUGCCACAACUACGAGCUGCGGGUGCUCUGCUGCGACUACGUACCCUGCAGCACCCCCGCUGGCCCCACGCCCAGGCCGCCGCCCACCCCCACCGUCCAGGCAGCAACGACCAUCACCUCACGGACCACAGAGACCUCGAAGGCCAGCAGCUCUGAGGCUCCGAGCAGCACCUGCCAGCUCACGUGUCGGUGGACGGAGUGGUUCGAUGAGGAUUACCCCAAGUCCGAGGAGGCCGGGGGCGACGUCGAGUCAUUUGACAAGAUCCGAAGUGCGGGCGGCGCCGUGUGUGAGCAGCCGCAGGCCAUAGAGUGCCGGGCGGAGAACUUCCCCGACAGGCGCCCCGAGGAGCUGGGGCAGCAGGUAUACUGCGACCCCGCAUUCGGCCUGGUCUGCAGGAACGCCGAGCAGGUGGGCCUCUUCAAGAUGUGCUACAACUACAGAAUCCGCCUGCUGUGCUGCAGCCGGGGCCCCUGUGAAGAGACCAGCGCCGCCACCACCGCGAAACCAUCGGUCACAACCACGUGGGCGGGGCCGGCCCCCUCGACAGGACCCGUGCUCCCAGCCACAUCGCCAAGCCCCAGCCACACGGUCACACGCGUGACGUCGGCAACCAGGAGCCUCACGACGGCUCCUGCCUCCACAGCAUCCACAACGUUCCCGGGAACAACGCAAACACAGACGAAGAUGUCAGAGAGCACCCCGGAGGACACCACGAGCCCAGGCGUGCCCAGCUGCGAACCAAAGUGCGAGUGGACAGAAUGGUUUGACGUGGAUUUCCCCACCUCCGGGGUCGCGGGUGGAGACAUGGAAACCUAUGACAACAUCAGAGCGGCUGGUGGCAAGAUAUGCCGGGAGCCGCGGAAGAUCGAGUGCCGGGCGGAGAGCUACCCCGAAGUAAGCCUUGACCAGAUAGGGCAGGUGGUGAGCUGCAGCCUGCAGGCGGGCUUGAUCUGCAGGAACGAGGACCAGAAGGGCCAGUUCAACAUGUGCUUCAACUACAACAUCCGCGUGCUGUGCUGUGACGACUUCCGCCACUGCCCUUCCACCCCGGCCACCACGGCGGCCACGUCCUCGCCGCCGCCGGAGACCUCCCACACGCCGCGGCCGCCCUCCAUGGCUCCGAGCACCAGCCACGUGCCGGGCACCACUCCGGGCCCGUCCUCCGCCGUCGCCACGCCUACGGUGCCCCCGGCGUCCACUCACACCUCGCCGCUCGUGACCUCGGGCCGCACGCCCUCGGGGCCCGGGACCACGGAGUGCCUGCCGCGCUGUGCCUGGACCGACUGGCUGGACCAGAGCUACCCCAUGCCCGGGGCCUCCGGCGGCGACUUUGAGACCUACACCAACCUCCGCGCGGCCGGCGUGCCCCUCUGUGCGCGGCCCGUGGCCCUGCAGUGCCGGGCCGCGUCCCGGCCCGAGGUGCCCCUGCCGGAGCUGGGCCAGGAGGUGCUGUGCGUCCUCGGGGAGGGGCUCGUGUGCCGCAACCGCGACCAGCAAGGCCGCGUCAAGAUGUGCCUCAACUACGAGAUCCGCGUGCUGUGCUGUGACGACUUCCGCCACUGCCCUUCGACCCCGGCCACCACGGCGGCCCCGUCCUCGCUGCCGCCGGAGACCUCCCACACGCCGCGGCCGCCCUCCAUGGCUCCGAGCACCAGCCACGUGCCGGGCACCACUCCGGGCCCGUCCUCCGCCGUCGCCACGCCUACGGUGCCCCCGGCGUCCACUCACACCUCGCCGCUCGUGACCUCGGGCCGCACGCCCUCGGGGCCCGGGACCACGGAGUGCCUGCCGCGCUGUGCCUGGACCGACUGGCUGGACCAGAGCUACCCCAUGCCCGGGGCCUCCGGCGGCGACUUUGAGACCUACACCAACCUCCGCGCGGCCGGCGUGCCCCUCUGUGCGCGGCCCGUGGCCCUGCAGUGCCGGGCCGCGUCCCGGCCCGAGGUGCCCCUGCCGGAGCUGGGCCAGGAGGUGCUGUGCGUCCUCGGGGAGGGGCUCGUGUGCCGCAACCGCGACCAGCAAGGCCGCGUCAAGAUGUGCCUCAACUACGAGAUCCGCGUGCUGUGCUGUGACGACUUCCGCCACUGCCCUUCGACCCCGGCCACCACGGCGGCCCCGUCCUCGCUGCCGCCGGAGACCUCCCACACGCCGCGGCCGCCCUCCAUGGCUCCGAGCACCAGCCACGUGCCGGGCACCACUCCGGGCCCGUCCUCCGCCGUCGCCACGCCUACGGUGCCCCCGGCGUCCACUCACACCUCGCCGCUCGUGACCUCGGGCCGCACGCCCUCGGGGCCCGGGACCACGGAGUGCCUGCCGCGCUGUGCCUGGACCGACUGGCUGGACCAGAGCUACCCCAUGCCUGGGGCCUCCGGCGGCGACUUUGAGACCUACACCAACCUCCGCGCGGCCGGCGUGCCCCUCUGUGCGCGGCCCGUGGCCCUGGAGUGCCGGGCCGCGUCCCGGCCCGAGGUGCCCCUGCCGGAGCUGGGCCAGGAGGUGCUGUGCGUCCUCGGGGAGGGGCUCGUGUGCCGCAACCGCGACCAGCAAGGCCGCGUCAAGAUGUGCCUCAACUACGAGAUCCGCGUGCUGUGCUGUGACGACUUCCGCCACUGCCCUUCGACCCCGGCCACCACGGCGGCCCCGUCCUCGCUGCCGCCGGAGACCUCCCACACGCCGCGGCCGCCCUCCAUGGCUCCGAGCACCAGCCACGUGCCGGGCACCACUCCGGGCCCGUCCUCCGCCGUCGCCACGCCUACGGUGCCCCCGGCGUCCACUCACACCUCGCCGCUCGUGACCUCGGGCCGCACGCCCUCGGGGCCCGGGACCACGGAGUGCCUGCCGCGCUGUGCCUGGACCGACUGGCUGGACCAGAGCUACCCCAUGCCCGGGGCCUCCGGCGGCGACUUUGAGACCUACACCAACCUCCGCGCGGCCGGCGUGCCCCUCUGUGCGCGGCCCGUGGCCCUGCAGUGCCGGGCCGCGUCCCGGCCCGAGGUGCCCCUGCCGGAGCUGGGCCAGGAGGUGCUGUGCGUCCUCGGGGAGGGGCUCGUGUGCCGCAACCGCGACCAGCAAGGCCGCGUCAAGAUGUGCCUCAACUACGAGAUCCGCGUGCUGUGCUGUGACGACUUCCGCCACUGCCCUUCGACCCCGGCCACCACGGCGGCCCCGUCCUCGCUGCCGCCGGAGACCUCCCACACGCCGCGGCCGCCCUCCAUGGCUCCGAGCACCAGCCACGUGCCGGGCACCACUCCGGGCCCGUCCUCCGCCGUCGCCACGCCUACGGUGCCCCCGGCGUCCACUCACACCUCGCCGCUCGUGACCUCGGGCCGCACGCCCUCGGGGCCCGGGACCACGGAGUGCCUGCCGCGCUGUGCCUGGACCGACUGGCUGGACCAGAGCUACCCCAUGCCCGGGGCCUCCGGCGGCGACUUUGAGACCUACACCAACCUCCGCGCGGCCGGCGUGCCCCUCUGUGCGCGGCCCGUGGCCCUGCAGUGCCGGGCCGCGUCCCGGCCCGAGGUGCCCCUGCCGGAGCUGGGCCAGGAGGUGCUGUGCGUCCUCGGGGAGGGGCUCGUGUGCCGCAACCGCGACCAGCAAGGCCGCGUCAAGAUGUGCCUCAACUACGAGAUCCGCGUGCUGUGCUGUGACGACUUCCGCCACUGCCCUUCGACCCCGGCCACCACGGCGGCCCCGUCCUCGCUGCCGCCGGAGACCUCCCACACGCCGCGGCCGCCCUCCAUGGCUCCGAGCACCAGCCACGUGCCGGGCACCACUCCGGGCCCGUCCUCCGCCGUCGCCACGCCUACGGUGCCCCCGGCGUCCACUCACACCUCGCCGCUCGUGACCUCGGGCCGCACGCCCUCGGGGCCCGGGACCACGGAGUGCCUGCCGCGCUGUGCCUGGACCGACUGGCUGGACCAGAGCUACCCCAUGCCCGGGGCCUCCGGCGGCGACUUUGAGACCUACACCAACCUCCGCGCGGCCGGCGUGCCCCUCUGUGCGCGGCCCGUGGCCCUGCAGUGCCGGGCCGCGUCCCGGCCCGAGGUGCCCCUGCCGGAGCUGGGCCAGGAGGUGCUGUGCGUCCUCGGGGAGGGGCUCGUGUGCCGCAACCGCGACCAGCAAGGCCGCGUCAAGAUGUGCCUCAACUACGAGAUCCGCGUGCUGUGCUGUGACGACUUCCGCCACUGCCCUUCGACCCCGGCCACCACGGCGGCCCCGUCCUCGCUGCCGCCGGAGACCUCCCACACGCCGCGGCCGCCCUCCAUGGCUCCGAGCACCAGCCACGUGCCGGGCACCACUCCGGGCCCGUCCUCCGCCGUCGCCACGCCUACGGUGCCCCCGGCGUCCACUCACACCUCGCCGCUCGUGACCUCGGGCCGCACGCCCUCGGGGCCCGGGACCACGGAGUGCCUGCCGCGCUGUGCCUGGACCGACUGGCUGGACCAGAGCUACCCCAUGCCCGGGGCCUCCGGCGGCGACUUUGAGACCUACACCAACCUCCGCGCGGCCGGCGUGCCCCUCUGUGCGCGGCCCGUGGCCCUGCAGUGCCGGGCCGCGUCCCGGCCCGAGGUGCCCCUGCCGGAGCUGGGCCAGGAGGUGCUGUGCGUCCUCGGGGAGGGGCUCGUGUGCCGCAACCGCGACCAGCAAGGCCGCGUCAAGAUGUGCCUCAACUACGAGAUCCGCGUGCUGUGCUGUGACGACUUCCGCCACUGCCCUUCGACCCCGGCCACCACGGCGGCCCCCACCAGCCACGUGCCGGGCACCACUCCGGGCCCGUCCUCCGCCGUCGCCACGCCUACGGUGCCCCCGGCGUCCACUCACACCUCGCCGCUCGUGACCUCGGGCCGCACGCCCUCGGGGCCCGGGACCACGGAGUGCCUGCCGCGCUGUGCCUGGACCGACUGGCUGGACCAGAGCUACCCCAUGCCCGGGGCCUCCGGCGGCGACUUUGAGACCUACACCAACCUCCGCGCGGCCGGCGUGCCCCUCUGUGCGCGGCCCGUGGCCCUGCAGUGCCGGGCCGCGUCCCGGCCCGAGGUGCCCCUGCCGGAGCUGGGCCAGGAGGUGCUGUGCGUCCUCGGGGAGGGGCUCGUGUGCCGCAACCGCGACCAGCAAGGCCGCGUCAAGAUGUGCCUCAACUACGAGAUCCGCGUGCUGUGCUGUGACGACUUCCGCCACUGCCCUUCGACCCCGGCCACCACGGCGGCCCCGUCCUCGCUGCCGCCGGAGACCUCCCACACGCCGCGGCCGCCCUCCAUGGCUCCGAGCACCAGCCACGUGCCGGGCACCACUCCGGGCCCGUCCUCCGCCGUCGCCACGCCUACGGUGCCCCCGGCGUCCACUCACACCUCGCCGCUCGUGACCUCGGGCCGCACGCCCUCGGGGCCCGGGACCACGGAGUGCCUGCCGCGCUGUGCCUGGACCGACUGGCUGGACCAGAGCUACCCCAUGCCCGGGGCCUCCGGCGGCGACUUUGAGACCUACACCAACCUCCGCGCGGCCGGCGUGCCCCUCUGUGCGCGGCCCGUGGCCCUGCAGUGCCGGGCCGCGUCCCGGCCCGAGGUGCCCCUGCCGGAGCUGGGCCAGGAGGUGCUGUGCGUCCUCGGGGAGGGGCUCGUGUGCCGCAACCGCGACCAGCAAGGCCGCGUCAAGAUGUGCCUCAACUACGAGAUCCGCGUGCUGUGCUGUGACGACUUCCGCCACUGCCCUUCGACCCCGGCCACCACGGCGGCCCCCACCAGCCACGUGCCGGGCACCACUCCGGGCCCGUCCUCCGCCGUCGCCACGCCUACGGUGCCCCCGGCGUCCACUCACACCUCGCCGCUCGUGACCUCGGGCCGCACGCCCUCGGGGCCCGGGACCACGGAGUGCCUGCCGCGCUGUGCCUGGACCGACUGGCUGGACCAGAGCUACCCCAUGCCCGGGGCCUCCGGCGGCGACUUUGAGACCUACACCAACCUCCGCGCGGCCGGCGUGCCCCUCUGUGCGCGGCCCGUGGCCCUGCAGUGCCGGGCCGCGUCCCGGCCCGAGGUGCCCCUGCCGGAGCUGGGCCAGGAGGUGCUGUGCGUCCUCGGGGAGGGGCUCGUGUGCCGCAACCGCGACCAGCAAGGCCGCGUCAAGAUGUGCCUCAACUACGAGAUCCGCGUGCUGUGCUGUGACGACUUCCGCCACUGCCCUUCGACCCCGGCCACCACGGCGGCCCCGUCCUCGCUGCCGCCGGAGACCUCCCACACGCCGCGGCCGCCCUCCAUGGCUCCGAGCACCAGCCACGUGCCGGGCACCACUCCGGGCCCGUCCUCCGCCGUCGCCACGCCUACGGUGCCCCCGGCGUCCACUCACACCUCGCCGCUCGUGACCUCGGGCCGCACGCCCUCGGGGCCCGGGACCACGGAGUGCCUGCCGCGCUGUGCCUGGACCGACUGGCUGGACCAGAGCUACCCCAUGCCCGGGGCCUCCGGCGGCGACUUUGAGACCUACACCAACCUCCGCGCGGCCGGCGUGCCCCUCUGUGCGCGGCCCGUGGCCCUGCAGUGCCGGGCCGCGUCCCGGCCCGAGGUGCCCCUGCCGGAGCUGGGCCAGGAGGUGCUGUGCGUCCUCGGGGAGGGGCUCGUGUGCCGCAACCGCGACCAGCAAGGCCGCGUCAAGAUGUGCCUCAACUACGAGAUCCGCGUGCUGUGCUGUGACGACUUCCGCCACUGCCCUUCGACCCCGGCCACCACGGCGGCCCCGUCCUCGCUGCCGCCGGAGACCUCCCACACGCCGCGGCCGCCCUCCAUGGCUCCGAGCACCAGCCACGUGCCGGGCACCACUCCGGGCCCGUCCUCCGCCGUCGCCACGCCUACGGUGCCCCCGGCGUCCACUCACACCUCGCCGCUCGUGACCUCGGGCCGCACGCCCUCGGGGCCCGGGACCACGGAGUGCCUGCCGCGCUGUGCCUGGACCGACUGGCUGGACCAGAGCUACCCCAUGCCCGGGGCCUCCGGCGGCGACUUUGAGACCUACACCAACCUCCGCGCGGCCGGCGUGCCCCUCUGUGCGCGGCCCGUGGCCCUGCAGUGCCGGGCCGCGUCCCGGCCCGAGGUGCCCCUGCCGGAGCUGGGCCAGGAGGUGCUGUGCGUCCUCGGGGAGGGGCUCGUGUGCCGCAACCGCGACCAGCAAGGCCGCGUCAAGAUGUGCCUCAACUACGAGAUCCGCGUGCUGUGCUGUGACGACUUCCGCCACUGCCCUUCGACCCCGGCCACCACGGCGGCCCCGUCCUCGCUGCCGCCGGAGACCUCCCACACGCCGCGGCCGCCCUCCAUGGCUCCGAGCACCAGCCACGUGCCGGGCACCACUCCGGGCCCGUCCUCCGCCGUCGCCACGCCUACGGUGCCCCCGGCGUCCACUCACACCUCGCCGCUCGUGACCUCGGGCCGCACGCCCUCGGGGCCCGGGACCACGGAGUGCCUGCCGCGCUGUGCCUGGACCGACUGGCUGGACCAGAGCUACCCCAUGCCCGGGGCCUCCGGCGGCGACUUUGAGACCUACACCAACCUCCGCGCGGCCGGCGUGCCCCUCUGUGCGCGGCCCGUGGCCCUGCAGUGCCGGGCCGCGUCCCGGCCCGAGGUGCCCCUGCCGGAGCUGGGCCAGGAGGUGCUGUGCGUCCUCGGGGAGGGGCUCGUGUGCCGCAACCGCGACCAGCAAGGCCGCGUCAAGAUGUGCCUCAACUACGAGAUCCGCGUGCUGUGCUGUGACGACUUCCGCCACUGCCCUUCGACCCCGGCCACCACGGCGGCCCCGUCCUCGCUGCCGCCGGAGACCUCCCACACGCCGCGGCCGCCCUCCAUGGCUCCGAGCACCAGCCACGUGCCGGGCACCACUCCGGGCCCGUCCUCCGCCGUCGCCACGCCUACGGUGCCCCCGGCGUCCACUCACACCUCGCCGCUCGUGACCUCGGGCCGCACGCCCUCGGGGCCCGGGACCACGGAGUGCCUGCCGCGCUGUGCCUGGACCGACUGGCUGGACCAGAGCUACCCCAUGCCCGGGGCCUCCGGCGGCGACUUUGAGACCUACACCAACCUCCGCGCGGCCGGCGUGCCCCUCUGUGCGCGGCCCGUGGCCCUGCAGUGCCGGGCCGCGUCCCGGCCCGAGGUGCCCCUGCCGGAGCUGGGCCAGGAGGUGCUGUGCGUCCUCGGGGAGGGGCUCGUGUGCCGCAACCGCGACCAGCAAGGCCGCGUCAAGAUGUGCCUCAACUACGAGAUCCGCGUGCUGUGCUGUGACGACUUCCGCCACUGCCCUUCGACCCCGGCCACCACGGCGGCCCCCACCAGCCACGUGCCGGGCACCACUCCGGGCCCGUCCUCCGCCGUCGCCACGCCUACGGUGCCCCCGGCGUCCACUCACACCUCGCCGCUCGUGACCUCGGGCCGCACGCCCUCGGGGCCCGGGACCACGGAGUGCCUGCCGCGCUGUGCCUGGACCGACUGGCUGGACCAGAGCUACCCCAUGCCCGGGGCCUCCGGCGGCGACUUUGAGACCUACACCAACCUCCGCGCGGCCGGCGUGCCCCUCUGUGCGCGGCCCGUGGCCCUGCAGUGCCGGGCCGCGUCCCGGCCCGAGGUGCCCCUGCCGGAGCUGGGCCAGGAGGUGCUGUGCGUCCUCGGGGAGGGGCUCGUGUGCCGCAACCGCGACCAGCAAGGCCGCGUCAAGAUGUGCCUCAACUACGAGAUCCGCGUGCUGUGCUGUGACGACUUCCGCCACUGCCCUUCGACCCCGGCCACCACGGCGGCCCCGUCCUCGCUGCCGCCGGAGACCUCCCACACGCCGCGGCCGCCCUCCAUGGCUCCGAGCACCAGCCACGUGCCGGGCACCACUCCGGGCCCGUCCUCCGCCGUCGCCACGCCUACGGUGCCCCCGGCGUCCACUCACACCUCGCCGCUCGUGACCUCGGGCCGCACGCCCUCGGGGCCCGGGACCACGGAGUGCCUGCCGCGCUGUGCCUGGACCGACUGGCUGGACCAGAGCUACCCCAUGCCCGGGGCCUCCGGCGGCGACUUUGAGACCUACACCAACCUCCGCGCGGCCGGCGUGCCCCUCUGUGCGCGGCCCGUGGCCCUGCAGUGCCGGGCCGCGUCCCGGCCCGAGGUGCCCCUGCCGGAGCUGGGCCAGGAGGUGCUGUGCGUCCUCGGGGAGGGGCUCGUGUGCCGCAACCGCGACCAGCAAGGCCGCGUCAAGAUGUGCCUCAACUACGAGAUCCGCGUGCUGUGCUGUGACGACUUCCGCCACUGCCCUUCGACCCCGGCCACCACGGCGGCCCCGUCCUCGCUGCCGCCGGAGACCUCCCACACGCCGCGGCCGCCCUCCAUGGCUCCGAGCACCAGCCACGUGCCGGGCACCACUCCGGGCCCGUCCUCCGCCGUCGCCACGCCUACGGUGCCCCCGGCGUCCACUCACACCUCGCCGCUCGUGACCUCGGGCCGCACGCCCUCGGGGCCCGGGACCACGGAGUGCCUGCCGCGCUGUGCCUGGACCGACUGGCUGGACCAGAGCUACCCCAUGCCCGGGGCCUCCGGCGGCGACUUUGAGACCUACACCAACCUCCGCGCGGCCGGCGUGCCCCUCUGUGCGCGGCCCGUGGCCCUGCAGUGCCGGGCCGCGUCCCGGCCCGAGGUGCCCCUGCCGGAGCUGGGCCAGGAGGUGCUGUGCGUCCUCGGGGAGGGGCUCGUGUGCCGCAACCGCGACCAGCAAGGCCGCGUCAAGAUGUGCCUCAACUACGAGAUCCGCGUGCUGUGCUGUGACGACUUCCGCCACUGCCCUUCGACCCCGGCCACCACGGCGGCCCCGUCCUCGCUGCCGCCGGAGACCUCCCACACGCCGCGGCCGCCCUCCAUGGCUCCGAGCACCAGCCACGUGCCGGGCACCACUCCGGGCCCGUCCUCCGCCGUCGCCACGCCUACGGUGCCCCCGGCGUCCACUCACACCUCGCCGCUCGUGACCUCGGGCCGCACGCCCUCGGGGCCCGGGACCACGGAGUGCCUGCCGCGCUGUGCCUGGACCGACUGGCUGGACCAGAGCUACCCCAUGCCCGGGGCCUCCGGCGGCGACUUUGAGACCUACACCAACCUCCGCGCGGCCGGCGUGCCCCUCUGUGCGCGGCCCGUGGCCCUGCAGUGCCGGGCCGCGUCCCGGCCCGAGGUGCCCCUGCCGGAGCUGGGCCAGGAGGUGCUGUGCGUCCUCGGGGAGGGGCUCGUGUGCCGCAACCGCGACCAGCAAGGCCGCGUCAAGAUGUGCCUCAACUACGAGAUCCGCGUGCUGUGCUGUGACGACUUCCGCCACUGCCCUUCGACCCCGGCCACCACGGCGGCCCCGUCCUCGCUGCCGCCGGAGACCUCCCACACGCCGCGGCCGCCCUCCAUGGCUCCGAGCACCAGCCACGUGCCGGGCACCACUCCGGGCCCGUCCUCCGCCGUCGCCACGCCUACGGUGCCCCCGGCGUCCACUCACACCUCGCCGCUCGUGACCUCGGGCCGCACGCCCUCGGGGCCCGGGACCACGGAGUGCCUGCCGCGCUGUGCCUGGACCGACUGGCUGGACCAGAGCUACCCCAUGCCCGGGGCCUCCGGCGGCGACUUUGAGACCUACACCAACCUCCGCGCGGCCGGCGUGCCCCUCUGUGCGCGGCCCGUGGCCCUGCAGUGCCGGGCCGCGUCCCGGCCCGAGGUGCCCCUGCCGGAGCUGGGCCAGGAGGUGCUGUGCGUCCUCGGGGAGGGGCUCGUGUGCCGCAACCGCGACCAGCAAGGCCGCGUCAAGAUGUGCCUCAACUACGAGAUCCGCGUGCUGUGCUGUGACGACUUCCGCCACUGCCCUUCGACCCCGGCCACCACGGCGGCCCCGUCCUCGCUGCCGCCGGAGACCUCCCACACGCCGCGGCCGCCCUCCAUGGCUCCGAGCACCAGCCACGUGCCGGGCACCACUCCGGGCCCGUCCUCCGCCGUCGCCACGCCUACGGUGCCCCCGGCGUCCACUCACACCUCGCCGCUCGUGACCUCGGGCCGCACGCCCUCGGGGCCCGGGACCACGGAGUGCCUGCCGCGCUGUGCCUGGACCGACUGGCUGGACCAGAGCUACCCCAUGCCCGGGGCCUCCGGCGGCGACUUUGAGACCUACACCAACCUCCGCGCGGCCGGCGUGCCCCUCUGUGCGCGGCCCGUGGCCCUGCAGUGCCGGGCCGCGUCCCGGCCCGAGGUGCCCCUGCCGGAGCUGGGCCAGGAGGUGCUGUGCGUCCUCGGGGAGGGGCUCGUGUGCCGCAACCGCGACCAGCAAGGCCGCGUCAAGAUGUGCCUCAACUACGAGAUCCGCGUGCUGUGCUGUGACGACUUCCGCCACUGCCCUUCGACCCCGGCCACCACGGCGGCCCCGUCCUCGCUGCCGCCGGAGACCUCCCACACGCCGCGGCCGCCCUCCAUGGCUCCGAGCACCAGCCACGUGCCGGGCACCACUCCGGGCCCGUCCUCCGCCGUCGCCACGCCUACGGUGCCCCCGGCGUCCACUCACACCUCGCCGCUCGUGACCUCGGGCCGCACGCCCUCGGGGCCCGGGACCACGGAGUGCCUGCCGCGCUGUGCCUGGACCGACUGGCUGGACCAGAGCUACCCCAUGCCCGGGGCCUCCGGCGGCGACUUUGAGACCUACACCAACCUCCGCGCGGCCGGCGUGCCCCUCUGUGCGCGGCCCGUGGCCCUGCAGUGCCGGGCCGCGUCCCGGCCCGAGGUGCCCCUGCCGGAGCUGGGCCAGGAGGUGCUGUGCGUCCUCGGGGAGGGGCUCGUGUGCCGCAACCGCGACCAGCAAGGCCGCGUCAAGAUGUGCCUCAACUACGAGAUCCGCGUGCUGUGCUGUGACGACUUCCGCCACUGCCCUUCGACCCCGGCCACCACGGCGGCCCCGUCCUCGCUGCCGCCGGAGACCUCCCACACGCCGCGGCCGCCCUCCAUGGCUCCGAGCACCAGCCACGUGCCGGGCACCACUCCGGGCCCGUCCUCCGCCGUCGCCACGCCUACGGUGCCCCCGGCGUCCACUCACACCUCGCCGCUCGUGACCUCGGGCCGCACGCCCUCGGGGCCCGGGACCACGGAGUGCCUGCCGCGCUGUGCCUGGACCGACUGGCUGGACCAGAGCUACCCCAUGCCCGGGGCCUCCGGCGGCGACUUUGAGACCUACACCAACCUCCGCGCGGCCGGCGUGCCCCUCUGUGCGCGGCCCGUGGCCCUGCAGUGCCGGGCCGCGUCCCGGCCCGAGGUGCCCCUGCCGGAGCUGGGCCAGGAGGUGCUGUGCGUCCUCGGGGAGGGGCUCGUGUGCCGCAACCGCGACCAGCAAGGCCGCGUCAAGAUGUGCCUCAACUACGAGAUCCGCGUGCUGUGCUGUGACGACUUCCGCCACUGCCCUUCGACCCCGGCCACCACGGCGGCCCCGUCCUCGCUGCCGCCGGAGACCUCCCACACGCCGCGGCCGCCCUCCAUGGCUCCGAGCACCAGCCACGUGCCGGGCACCACUCCGGGCCCGUCCUCCGCCGUCGCCACGCCUACGGUGCCCCCGGCGUCCACUCACACCUCGCCGCUCGUGACCUCGGGCCGCACGCCCUCGGGGCCCGGGACCACGGAGUGCCUGCCGCGCUGUGCCUGGACCGACUGGCUGGACCAGAGCUACCCCAUGCCCGGGGCCUCCGGCGGCGACUUUGAGACCUACACCAACCUCCGCGCGGCCGGCGUGCCCCUCUGUGCGCGGCCCGUGGCCCUGCAGUGCCGGGCCGCGUCCCGGCCCGAGGUGCCCCUGCCGGAGCUGGGCCAGGAGGUGCUGUGCGUCCUCGGGGAGGGGCUCGUGUGCCGCAACCGCGACCAGCAAGGCCGCGUCAAGAUGUGCCUCAACUACGAGAUCCGCGUGCUGUGCUGUGACGACUUCCGCCACUGCCCUUCGACCCCGGCCACCACGGCGGCCCCGUCCUCGCUGCCGCCGGAGACCUCCCACACGCCGCGGCCGCCCUCCAUGGCUCCGAGCACCAGCCACGUGCCGGGCACCACUCCGGGCCCGUCCUCCGCCGUCGCCACGCCUACGGUGCCCCCGGCGUCCACUCACACCUCGCCGCUCGUGACCUCGGGCCGCACGCCCUCGGGGCCCGGGACCACGGAGUGCCUGCCGCGCUGUGCCUGGACCGACUGGCUGGACCAGAGCUACCCCAUGCCCGGGGCCUCCGGCGGCGACUUUGAGACCUACACCAACCUCCGCGCGGCCGGCGUGCCCCUCUGUGCGCGGCCCGUGGCCCUGCAGUGCCGGGCCGCGUCCCGGCCCGAGGUGCCCCUGCCGGAGCUGGGCCAGGAGGUGCUGUGCGUCCUCGGGGAGGGGCUCGUGUGCCGCAACCGCGACCAGCAAGGCCGCGUCAAGAUGUGCCUCAACUACGAGAUCCGCGUGCUGUGCUGUGACGACUUCCGCCACUGCCCUUCGACCCCGGCCACCACGGCGGCCCCGUCCUCGCUGCCGCCGGAGACCUCCCACACGCCGCGGCCGCCCUCCAUGGCUCCGAGCACCAGCCACGUGCCGGGCACCACUCCGGGCCCGUCCUCCGCCGUCGCCACGCCUACGGUGCCCCCGGCGUCCACUCACACCUCGCCGCUCGUGACCUCGGGCCGCACGCCCUCGGGGCCCGGGACCACGGAGUGCCUGCCGCGCUGUGCCUGGACCGACUGGCUGGACCAGAGCUACCCCAUGCCCGGGGCCUCCGGCGGCGACUUUGAGACCUACACCAACCUCCGCGCGGCCGGCGUGCCCCUCUGUGCGCGGCCCGUGGCCCUGCAGUGCCGGGCCGCGUCCCGGCCCGAGGUGCCCCUGCCGGAGCUGGGCCAGGAGGUGCUGUGCGUCCUCGGGGAGGGGCUCGUGUGCCGCAACCGCGACCAGCAAGGCCGCGUCAAGAUGUGCCUCAACUACGAGAUCCGCGUGCUGUGCUGUGACGACUUCCGCCACUGCCCUUCGACCCCGGCCACCACGGCGGCCCCGUCCUCGCUGCCGCCGGAGACCUCCCACACGCCGCGGCCGCCCUCCAUGGCUCCGAGCACCAGCCACGUGCCGGGCACCACUCCGGGCCCGUCCUCCGCCGUCGCCACGCCUACGGUGCCCCCGGCGUCCACUCACACCUCGCCGCUCGUGACCUCGGGCCGCACGCCCUCGGGGCCCGGGACCACGGAGUGCCUGCCGCGCUGUGCCUGGACCGACUGGCUGGACCAGAGCUACCCCAUGCCCGGGGCCUCCGGCGGCGACUUUGAGACCUACACCAACCUCCGCGCGGCCGGCGUGCCCCUCUGUGCGCGGCCCGUGGCCCUGCAGUGCCGGGCCGCGUCCCGGCCCGAGGUGCCCCUGCCGGAGCUGGGCCAGGAGGUGCUGUGCGUCCUCGGGGAGGGGCUCGUGUGCCGCAACCGCGACCAGCAAGGCCGCGUCAAGAUGUGCCUCAACUACGAGAUCCGCGUGCUGUGCUGUGACGACUUCCGCCACUGUCCUCCUACCUCGUCCCCGGCAAGCGCCGGGUCGUCUCCCUUCCUCCCGAGCCCCAGGCCCUCGGCAUCCGCCAGCGCCCCUGUUUCCACCACUUCUUGUUUCUGUCGUGCAUUUGGACAGCUUUUUUCACCAGGGGACAUCGUCUACAACAGGACUGACCAUGCUGGCUGCCGCUUCUACGCCAUCUGCAACCAGCACUGUGAGCUCGACCGCUUCCAGGGCACCUGCAUCUCCCCUACCCCCUCACAGGUCCUGAAAUCAACGCCCUUGACCUCCUCGUUCACUGGCUGCUACCUCACCGACCGCCCCCGGCAGGUGAACGAGACCUGGACGUUGGAAGACUGCACCGUGGCCCAGUGCCAGGGCAACAACCUGAUCACCCUGAUGCCGCGGACGACCGUGGCGCCGGUGACCUGCGUGAACGGGCGUCCGCCGGUGAAAGUGGAGAGCCUGCAGGACCACUGCCAGUACCACUACGAGUGCGAGUGUGAGCAGCGGCCGGGGCCGGGCCCGGGGCCGGGCGGGUGCCUCUGCAGCAUCUGGGGCGGCUCCAACUACCUCACCUUCGACGGCACCUCCUACUCCUUCCGGGACAACUGCACGCACGUUCUCGUGAAGGAGAUCCACCCCCGCCACGGGAACCUCACCAUCCUGCUCGACAGCCACUACUGCAGGGCCGCCACGGCCUCCUGUGCCCGCGCCCUCCUCAUCUACUACGCGUCCACGGAGAUCGUCCUCACCACCGCGGCCGCCGCCGGCGGGCGGGAGGAGAGCCUGGUCCUGUUCGACCACACGCGGGUGAGCCAGGGCUUCAGCAAGAACGGCGUGAACGUGUCCAUGGCAGGAAGCACUACGGUGCGCGUUGACAUCCCAGACCUCGGGGUCAGCGUCACCUCAGACGGGCGUGUGUUCCAGAUCUGGCUGUCCUACAGCCACUUUGGCAACAACACCGAGGGCCAGUGCGGCACCUGCACCAACAACAAGACGGAUGACUGCCGCCGGCCAGAUGGCACCAUCGCGCCCACCUGUCAGGACAUGGCCAGCGACUGGCUGGUCCCUGGGAGCUGCCGGACACCAACAGGCCCCCCCGUGACCACCAGCGCCCCGUCCCCGGCGUCCCCCACACACUCUGCCCCCCCGUGCCCUGCAGCGCCCCCCUGCGAGCUGUUGCUGAGCCCCAUCUUCGCCGAGUGCCACGGCCUCGUCCCGCCCGGCCUGUUCUUCAGCACCUGCGCCCACGACGCCUGCCAGACAGGCCGCCCGCAGGCGCCCUGCCAGACCCUGGAGGCCUACGCCGCGCUCUGCCGCGCCCGGGGCGUCUGCAGCGACUGGCGGAACGCCACCGGCGGGCUGUGCGACUUCACCUGCCCCCUGGACAAGGUGUACAAGCCAUGUGGCCCUGUGCAGCCCAUGUCCUGUGGCUCCCGGGUCCCGGUCCCAGAGAACAAGGGGCUCACCGAGGGCUGCUUCUGUCCUGACGGCCACAUUCUCUUCAACUCGUACACAGACCUCUGCGUGCACGAGUGCCCCUGCGUGGGACCGGAUGGGUUCCCCAAAUUCCCUGGAGAGCGGUGGGUCAGCAACUGCCAGGACUGCGUGUGCGACGAGGGCUCCGUGUCGGUGCAGUGCGUCCCCGUGCGGUGCGAGCCCCAGGCCCCGCCCCCGGAGUGCGGCUGGCCGGGCUUCGUGACUGUGGCCAGGCCCCUGGCCGACAGCCCAUGCUGCAGGGAGACGCUGUGCGUCUGCAACGUGAGCACCUGCCCCCAGAGCCCCCCGACGUGCGGGCCGGGCGAGGAGCUGGUCCGCGUCCAGGGGGAGGGCGACUGCUGCCCCACCCUCGUCUGCUGGCCUAAGCUGUGCACCUACAAUGACACCUCCUACGGGGUCGGCGCAACCUUCCCAGCGGCCAUUCCCUGCCACACAUGCACCUGCUUGUCUGUGGGCAACCAGAAGCCAACCGUGCAGUGCAAGGAGGACACCUGCAAUGCCACCUGCCCCCAGGGUUCCGAGUAUGCGGCGGUGGCAGGGCAGUGCUGCGGGGAAUGCGUGCAGACAGGCUGCCUCACUCCCGACGGCCAGGUGCUCCAGCCCAACCAGACCUGGGUGAACAGCCUCGUGGACAACUGCACCGAGUACAACUGCCAAGUCGACAACGGGGUCCACGUGCUGAUCCCGAGGCCCACGGCCUGCCCAGACCUGUCCAGCUGCAAGGGCAUCCUCAGGAAAACCGGUUGCUGCUACUCUUGCGAGGAAGAGGACUCCUGCAGGGUCCGCGUCAACAGGACGGUCCUGCGGCACCGGGGCUGCGAGGCCCUCGUCAACCUCACCUUCUGCGAGGGCUCCUGCCCAGGAGUGUCCGAGUACUCGCCCGAGGCCCAGGCCAUGCAGCGGCGCUGCACCUGCUGCCAGGAGAUCAGGGCCCACGAGGAGGUGGUGGCCAUGCGGUGCCCCGACGGCGCGGCCAUCCAGUACAGCUACACCCACGUGGACCAGUGCCGCUGCGCCACGGCCUGCGCGCCCUCCCUGGCCGCGCGCGAGGGCGGGGCCGCGGCCUAGCUGUCCUAUGGGGCCACGCUUCUCUGACAUCAUUCUGCCCCCGCCCCCCUUCCACCUGCCCCAGGAGGGGACGGGGCGGCGAGGGUCCACCUGCCGAGGGCACCAGGCAGGGAGGCCCUCCCGCCCUUCUUGGCUGCCUGCCCUGCCGUCAAGGCCAGCCCGCCUCUGAAACAGGCACCCCCGCUGCCCGGGCUCACCCCCUCCCGGUGUUGGGGGCCACGGCUCUAAGCAUGGGUCCCGCCCGCACCUCCUGCAGCCGACAUGCGCUGACCCCUGCCUGGGCGGAGCCUGCUGUCUCCGGGAGCAGCCUCUGCCCACAGCUAGCCCUGGGCCCGGGUGGUGAUGGUCAAGGGGCGGCCGAGGAGGGAGUAGUGCCUAAAGCGCCGCCUCCGCUCCGCCAACCCCAACUCUGCAAAUAAACA